AUGGGGCUCAGGGUUGCACAAAUAGCUAGCGCAGUGCUACUGGUCGCAUCUCUUGCGACAGUACAUGCGCAUGGCGAAGAUGAGACCAUGAUGGACAUGAAUAUGGACAUGGGCAUGGAUUCCCAUGCACCUGUCCAGACAGUGCAAGCUACUGCAGCUCCGACAGCCCAGGCAGAUAACCCUUUGAGCUAUUUCGCAUAUGGAAAACAUUCCAGUUCCAUCAUAGGGCAUAUUGCUCUGAUGGUGAUAGCUUGGUGUUUUGUCCUUCCUGCAGCGACUAUGCUUAGUAUUGCGCGCUCCCGACUGGCCCUUCCUUCCCAGUUCCUCUUCCUGAUCCUUAAUGCCUUCGGUUUGCUUCUGGGGAUAAUCUAUAAUAACCAGACUCCCGAUCUUUACGAUAACAAUGCGCACCACAAGAUUGGCUGGAUAAUAACCUGGGUGAUUACUGCGCAAGUCGUCCUGAGCUUGAUUUUCACCUACGCUGGCCGAGGGAGCUCCAAGGCGAAAUCGGAGUUUUAUGAGCGCGCGGCUUUCUUGCCUGUCUCUACAGAUGAGCACCUGCAUACCUUCCCAUCUGCCCCCAUGCAUGAAUAUCGCUGGUCCCGGGAUAGUGGACAAGGGACUGAGCCCGGAUCUUCAAUUCAUAGCCCUGGAUCACCAUGCGACUCUCCAGAAGACUAUGACGGAUUUGAGAAACCCGAGGAGCCUUUGCCUGCUCAGCCUCCUGCACGAGGCUGGUUCCACAACAGCAUCGUGGGCAAAUUUCUCUCGAAUCGUGUUCCUGGAAUGGUCUCCAGUCGGGUACUCCGGGUCUUCAAUACCAUUUACAAUGUGAUUGACCGAAUCAUCCUCCCGUUUGGAUUUGUCGCAAUUACAACAGGUGCAGUAGCUUACGGCGGUAUUAUGAGAGGUCAUGAGAUCUUCAAUGGUCUGGCGCAUUUCAUCAAAGACCUGGGCUGGGCCUGGAAUAAAAAGCCUAUGACUCCAAUUGUGACCAGCUGGAAGGCCAAGGUGCCCUCCGGAGAAUUUGUGGAGUGUUUGGUCAUCUUCAUCUAUGGUGUAUCCAAUGUGUUCUUGGAGCACCUUUCUAGUUGGGGUAAAGCGUGGUCCGCCACAGAUCUCGAGCAUGUUUCAAUCUCUAUUAUGUUUUUCGGAGGUGGUUUGGUGGGCAUGCUCUUUGAAUCUACACGCAUUCGGGAGGUGCUCAACAACACUGUCCUUCGAUCUCCUGCCCACGGUACUCGUGACGAGGGAUGGCAGCUUCCCAAGUCUCAGAGUGUAUCUUUGAAUCCCAUGCCUGCUCUCAUUAUCCUGCUGCUUGGUAUGAUGAUGGGAUCUCACCACCAGACUAGCAUGACCUCGACUAUGGUACACAAGCAGUGGGGGAACAUGCUGGUGGGCUUUGCCUUAGCCCGUGGGCUGACAUACGUUUUGUUGUUUUUGCGUCCACCAACUUCAUAUCUGCCGGCACGUCCCCCGACAGAGAUCAUUGCCGCAUUUUGCCUGAUGGCAGGUGGACUCAUCUUCAUGCUGAGUACUCGUAAUGUUAUCGAAUUAAUGGAAUUUUACGAGCUUGAUGCCAUGUUUACAUUCACGGUGGGCAUGGGAUUUACAGCUUUCAUCAUGUCCCUCGAAGUGUUGAUGGUCACGCUGAAGGCGUGGGCUGUAAAGCGUGAACAGCGCUCACAGCCUACCUUCCACUUUCCAUGA